CACACACUGCACACAGAUUCAUAUUAUUAUUACUAUUUUUCUUUUGUCUUUUGCAAAAUUUGGUGAGAAAUUUUGAUACUUGAAGUCAACGGAGAGGAAUCUUGUGUAAUUCUUGCAAGUGAAAUCAAUUCAAACCCUAGAUUUUGUGUUUCAAUUUUGAAUCGGUUCAGUUUUUCUGUUUUGUUUGGUAAAUUGCUGAAUUUUUGGUUUAGGGGUUUGAAUUUUGUGCUUGCGAUCUGUUCUUGGAUAGUUGGUCGGGAGGGGAAAAAUGCCGUCGCACGCGGAUAUAGAUCGGCAGAUAGAGCAGUUGAUGGAGUGCAAGCCGUUGACAGAAUCGGAGGUGAAAACGCUUUGCGAACAAGCUAGGGCUAUACUUGUGGAAGAAUGGAAUGUGCAGCCGGUGAAGUGCCCCGUGACGGUGUGCGGUGAUAUUCAUGGUCAAUUUUACGAUCUGGUCGAGUUGUUUCGGAUUGGUGGAAAUGCUCCUGAUACGAAUUAUCUCUUCAUGGGAGAUUACGUUGAUCGUGGGUAUUAUUCAGUGGAGACUGUCACACUCUUGGUGGCUCUAAAAGUUCGUUAUAGAGAUAGGCUUACAAUUCUUAGAGGGAAUCAUGAGAGUCGGCAGAUUACUCAAGUGUAUGGUUUCUAUGAUGAAUGUUUGAGGAAGUACGGAAAUGCAAAUGUUUGGAAGCAUUUUACUGACCUUUUUGAUUACCUACCUCUUACAGCACUUAUCGAGAGCCAGAUCUUUUGCUUGCAUGGAGGUCUUUCACCAUCAUUGGAUACGCUAGACAAUAUCCGAGCCUUGGACCGCAUACAGGAGGUUCCACAUGAGGGACCUAUGUGCGAUCUAUUGUGGUCUGAUCCGGAUGACAGAUGUGGAUGGGGGAUUUCUCCACGUGGAGCUGGCUAUACUUUUGGACAAGAUAUAGCUUCUCAGUUUAAUCAUACUAAUGGACUCAGUCUGAUCUCAAGAGCACACCAGCUCGUCAUGGAAGGUUUCAACUGGUGCCAGGAAAAGAAUGUGGUGACGGUAUUUAGUGCUCCAAACUACUGUUAUCGGUGUGGGAACAUGGCUGCUAUUCUGGAAAUCGGCGAAAACAUGGAACAGAACUUUCUUCAAUUCGAUCCGGCCCCAAGACAGAUUGAGCCAGACACUACUCGAAAGACACCUGAUUACUUUUUAUAAUCAAAUCGAUCUCGAUACUUACGCCCAAAUGGGUGGGUUGUUUGUAAACCCCCUCUCUUGUAGAUGUUUAUCUUAAGAAAAGAGAGGAGUUUUGUUGUUUAUUGUCAACAUCAUUCUUUGUUGACAAAACCAAACUCGCAUUUUCUUCUUUUUUGUCAUCUUUUGUGCAUAUGUUCUUCAGAGAAGGAAAAGGCAGACAGUAAUAUUGUGGUGCACUAUUUUUGCAAAUUUUUAUGUUAGAAAAAAAAAAACUAAACAAGACUUUUCAUGAA